GCUGCGUGCCGCCAGUCGGUUCGAAUAAUCGCCUCGUGGCAGGUGAAGACGAGGAUCGGGCGUGUGUAGGCCAGUCGUCUAGUCAGCCAGAGUCCGUCGCACGAGGCACGGACGAACCGCGCGUCAGGUCGCGUUUCGUUCGUCGGCGAACAGCAUCAUCGGUAACCGAACACGCAGUGCGCGACACGACGCGACACGACCGAACGCGACGCGAUACGAAUUGCGUGUCUCUGCGUGCGCGAGCUUUCUCGUACGUGUUCACCAGCGUAGUACACCAUAUCAUUCGUUCCUUCGCUUCUUUUUUUUUCCUGUUUCUCUCGCGCGCGGCCCAGUCGCCGCCGUCGCCUCUCCCGUCUCUCUGGCAGUCAGUUUCUUCCGUUCGGUUGAGCGCGCGACAUAUCGCACGAGGGUCAAACCGAAACACCGCGCAGCAUGUCCUCCCUGAAGGGUGACCAGGUCCCGUGCGCACGGCUCUGCCAUAUCGUGAAAUGGGAGGACUUCGACGGUUACGGGUUCAAUUUGCACGCGGAGAAAGGGAAGAACGGCCAGUUCAUCGGCAAGGUGGACGACGGGUCGCCGAGCCAGGCCGCUGGCCUGCGACAGGGCGACCGGAUCGUCGAGGUUAAUGAGAUCAACAUCGCGAACGAGACCCACAAACAGGUGGUCGAGCGGAUCAAGGCAUUCCCCAACGAGACCAAGCUUCUCGUCGUCGACCAGGAGGUCGAUGAAUACUUCAGGGCCAACAACAUCGUUAUCAAGGGCACCAUGGCGAACGUCAAGGUGAUCAAGACCCCCGAGAAGAAUCCGAACAGUGUCGAGCAGGAGGACGAGAUCAACGGCGGCAGCGCAUCCGUCGAAGAGAACCUACAGAAGUCGAACGACACGUCUCAGCUCAGCGAAGGUAGCACCGUGUCCGAGGGCGCGACGAGAACGUCCACGAGGAGCGAGAACGACAGCGAGCCGUCCAGUCGGGAGAAUGGGAACGGCAUCAGGAACGAUUCGACGACGAUGGAUCACGUGCACGGGACCGGGAACGGUAGCGUCGGUGGCAACGAGCCACGACAGGGUCUCAAUCUCAAGAUGAGCGCCAAGGAGCUCAGGGCUCAGCUGGCCGCACGCAAGAAGUACGAUCCGAAGAAGGAGUCGAUCGGUUUUAAGGACAAGUUCGACAUCGUCCAGAAGUUAUAACCGAUCGCGCGUUACCCUAAUCGACGAACCUGUCGGCUAUGAUCUGUCUCGCGGUGCUCUGUCCAGCCUCUCGAUGUUGGUAGCGGGAAUCCCUCGUCCUUGAAGCAACGACGAGGAACGAGCACUAUCUCGAGAAACUUCCGGUUAUUUGUAUCGAAACUUUUACAAUUUUUGUUCUCAAAAUGAAGAGUCUUGAAGAGCCUAUAGCUAGGCUUCAGGUAGACCUGGCAGGAGACUUCUUCUGGAGACUUGUUUGUAGUUCUGAAAACACUAGACUCCGAUUCUCUUUGCAAAGCUUACAACGGUACCGAAGCCAUAAGUUCUAGAUUUCGACAUCAAAGUCGUAAAUCUAAGUCUCCUUAAAAAAGAAAAAACUCCUAGAUCCUAUCAGACUCUUAAAUGCUUAGCAGCUAAUUGUCUGUGCCCUAGAUUCCAGUUUCUAUAUUCUUGGUGCUAGCUUCUCGGUUGCUUGAAACUUCAGAUUUUUCUAAAAUUCUAGAUUCUGAGUUUCUCUUUGCGAAUCUUGCGACAUUCCACAUAUUAAAUCAUAUUCUCCUCAAGUCUUAGGCUCCUAGCAUUUGACCUUGGGAAACUUGCAGCGUUUAUCUAGGUCCUAGAUGCUAGCUUCUAAUUCUUUAGACUUUAGUCUGCAAGUCUUAAAUCUUAGUAUCCAAGUCUUAGGCUCCUAGCAUUUGACUUUGGGAAACUUGCAGCGUUUAUCUAGGUCCUAGAUGCUAGCUUCUAAUUCCUUAGACUUCAGCCUGCAAGUCUUAAAUCUUAGCAUCCAAGCCUUAAGUCUCAGACUUUUUUCUGCCAUUCUCGAAAUUCCAAAUUCUCAAUCCAACAGCCUCGGGUCCUAGAUCCUAUGUCUUGGAUCAAGCAUCUGGGUCUAUUUGCGAAACUGUCGGCAUUCCUGAAAAUCCAGAUCCUAUGUCUCAGCCCCCCCCCGCCCUCCCCUCCAGAUCACUAGAUCCAUACGGAUCGCAGAGGACUGGCGCGCGAAUUCUUUUGCUGGAACUAUGCGCGACAGGCUGCAAGUUCUCGAACACGUUUCACAGUCGAUCGAACGCUGGAAGUUUCUCGUUGCAGCGUGCCACGGUUGGUUUUGUCCCGCUGCUGCCUACGAGAACGGAGGUUUGCGAGGCGCCCCAAGGACGAUCGCGACGAGCGACGCGGGAGAAAGUGUAACGUUGCCGCGAUACGACACGCGAAAAUAGCGUCAUCGCUAAUUUCUGUUAUCUCUUAUUGAAUUCAGGACGCGCGCUGUAACGGCGCGGCGUGCCGCCGGUGCGUUAAUGUCCGAUUGUAGCCGCUUCGAAAUUGCGAAUUGGCCAACUUGCGAACGCUGGUGUUUCCUCGCUGAAAUACGUUUGGCGAGCGAGGAUACAACAAGUAAUAUUGGGAGUCGAGAAGACGACGAUGGUUCCUAGUAGACAGAAGAUCAUAGUCCUGUAAAGCGAUCUUCAUUGGCAGAAAAACGUUGAAUUUAAGUGCAAUUAAUCCUAAAUGUAAGGAUGGCAACAGCGUGCAAAAAUGUUGCUGUGCACAUUUUUGUCAUAAAUAUAUGAAACGUAGCUAUGUAUAACGUUCUAUUAGAUGCAACGUGUAUCCUCUUGUAGGAAAAGAAUAUCAUUUUAAUUUUAAAUCGCUGUGUAAAUAAUCUUGCAUUUUUAAACAACUGUACAAGAUCAGUUUAAUUUUCAAAAGACAAGAGACCGCAUAAAUUCUAACGGAGAGAACGUGUCGAUAAAUUUUUAGCAAACCUCGCAUAGCAGCGGAUAUUUGCAAAGCUCUUUAUUAGCUCUUUACGAAGAGCUAAUAAAGUAAUCCAUCGGAUGGUUACUUCAAGACGGUCCUAGUGAACAGUUCGGUAUUACAUUAUAUAAUGAGCUUAAUACACA